GCAGAGUCAACCACAAAAGCUAAGCAUUGAACCGGAUCCACUUCUCAUAGGCUACAACAGUACUUUUAGCGAUUGUGCUUUGCUCUCCCCACCGUUCAUGGCCAAUCGACAAACUUCUGUCUCAAUGCCAUGGCGACGGCUGAGGAUGUCCUUUGCAUCGUAUGGCUGGAAGCGGGCCAGCAAAGACAAGUUGAUAUGACUCGAUGCAUCCAAUGACCAGUGUCGUUGCUUGGUAUAUCCAUGGUUUAUAGUCGAACAGACCUGGGAAGGACCUAGGAACAGCAGGUGGCUUACCUAGUUGCCACUUCCGACUGAUGGGUACGACGCCUGCAAAUGUCCAAGAUUUGUCUCACUCUUAUCUCCGAUCUGUCAAAAUUCUUAUCCAUCUCCCAGCCAUAUGUUUUACGUUCCCCGUAUACCUAUUCUUAUAUAGUUUGUCCUUGUUCAUCUAGCACAUGCAUAGCUGCAUUGCUUGAUCCCCUCUACAAUCCACUUGCAGUGACUUCAAACCCCGUCCCUCUGCACAAAGUGUAACAUGACUCUUUCAUCGGCCUUGAAGUGGUCUGCGACAGCAGUUGCUCUAGUAGCACAGUUGUGCACUGCGCAAACCUACACUAGCUGUAACCCUCUAAAGAAGACCUGUCCCGCAGAUGCAGGCCUGGCAAACUCCACCUUAUAUACUGACUUCACCUCGGGUGAGUCAGCUUUCAAGUACUGGAACACCACGGCUGGCACAGUGAGCAGCACAUCACUGGGUGCUGAGUUUUCUAUCGACGAGCAGGGCGAUGCUCCCACCAUAGAGAGCGAGUUCUACAUAUUCUUCGGUUAUGUAGAAAUGAAGAUGAGGGCUGCCAAUGGCACCGGCAUUGUCAGCACGCUAGUGAUCGAAUCUGACGAUCUUGACGAGAUCGACUGGGAACAAGUCAGCUCCUAUGAUAACCAAAUCCAAACCAACUACUUUGGCAAGGGCAACACCACUUCGUACGAUCGCGCCACUACAGUGACCGUGUCUACGCCCGAAGAGACAUUCCACACCUACGCGAUCAACUGGACUUCAAGCAAAAUCGAAUGGCUCGUCGAUGGAAGCGUUGUCCGAACCCUUAACUACGCCGAUGCGCUGGACGGUGAAAACUUCCCCCAAACCCCUUCCCGGAUCAAGAUCGGUAUCUGGGCCGGCGGUGACCCUGACAACGAGGAGGGUACCAUUGAAUGGGCCGGUGGGGAGACCGACUAUGAUAACAGCCCUUUCACCAUGUAUGUGGAGUCGAUCAAGGUUAUCAACUACAACCCUGCCAAGUCGUAUACCUACACCGAUAAGACUGGCUCCUACACCAGUAUCAAAGCAUCGAAUGUGUCAACUGCUUCGAACUCGACAACAUCCACGACUUCUCUGUUCCGUACGAACACCAUGUCGUCCAGCAAUAGCUCGUCCUCAUCCUCCAGUGCCAGUGCCGCAUCCAGCACUGCCUCCAGUGGUGCUUCCACGCUGUCAAGCUCCUACCUCGGUGCUGUAUUUGUGGUUGCGCUCGUCACCGUGGCUACUGGAAUGCUCCGUAUUUAGGCUAUGUAUAAUAGGAGGCCUUUGUUGUGUUUCCGUCUUAUGAUUAGGCAGUCAACUUCCUUACUCUCCUUUGUUUAUUUUUUCGAUCUGUCGCUCCUUAGCCUUGUAUCCUC